UUUGAUGACUUAACGAAGUCCUUCAGAAUGUGAUGAAACCAACAACAACGACGCAGCAGAACAAAAAAAAAUGCAGAAGAUUUCCUCCUCUGCUUCUCGGACAAUAAUCCUACGAUCCCUCCUUCCUGCCAACCACAGUAUCCUCCGAACGCUCGCCGCUGCUGCUCACGGCGGCAACUCCACCUCCACUUACCGCGCCCACCACUACCGCCACUCCGCCUCCGCCUCCGGAGCCGAUGACCUCUCCUCUGACGUCGAGAAGCUCUACCGGAUCCUCCGCAAGUUCCAUUCCCGACCCCCCAAGCUCGCCCUCGCCCUCGCCGACUCCGGCGUCCCCCUCCGCCCGGGCCUUGUCGAGCGCGUAAUCGCCCGCUGCGGCGAUGCUGGCACCCUCGCCUUCCGCUUUUUCUCAUGGGCCUGCCGCUGCCCCAAUUACCUCCCCUCCCCCACUGCCCACCGCGCCAUGGUUAAAUCCCUCGCCAAGAUGCGCCAUUUCGGCGCCGCCUGGGCCCUUGUCGACGAGAUGCGCCGCGACGCCCCCGGCCUCGUCACUCCCGACAUCUUCGUCGCCUUCAUCCGCCGCUUUGCUGCUGCCCGUCUCGUCUCCAAAGCCAUCGAGGUGCUCGACGAAAUGCCCAAUUACGGUUGUGAGCCCGACGAUUAUGUCUUUGGGUGCUUAUUGGACGCCCUUUGUAAGAAUGGCAGCGUCAAGGAGGCAGCUUUGCUCUUCGAAGACUUAAAGGAGAGAUUUUUACCCAAUUUGAAGCACUUCACAUCGCUCCUUUACGGCUGGUGCAAGCUUGGGAAGCUGAUGGAGGCCAAGUUUGUAUUAGUUCAGAUGCGGCAGGCUGGCUUCGAGCCUGAUAUCGUGGUGUACAACACGUUGCUCGGUGGGUUUGCAGCGGCCGGGAAGAUUGAGGAUGGAUACCAGCUCCUGAAAGAGAUGAGGAGCAAGGGGUGUGAGCCGAAUGCCAUUUCGUACACUACUUUGAUCCAGGCCCUCUGCUCGAAGGACCGCAUGGAUGAGGCGAUGAGAGUGUUUGUUGAAAUGACAAGGAAUGGUUGUGCCGCUGAUGCUGUGACGUUUAACACUCUGAUCAGUGGCUUCUGUAAGUCGGGGAAGAUCGGCAGGGGAUAUGAAUUCAUCGAUGCGAUGGUUCAGCAGGGCUGUAAGCCAGACCCAAGCACCUAUUUCUCCAUCUUUGCAGCACACGAGAAGAAGGAAGAGUUGGAGGAGUGCUUGGAGCUCAUGGAAAGUAUGUCAAAAGGUGGCAUCCUUCCUGAUAUUGGUAUCUAUAAUAUAGUGAUUCGCUUGACUUGCAAGCUUGGGGAGCUGAGUCAAGCAAUCACUCUAUGGAAUGAGAUGGAAUCUAGCGGGCUGAGUCCAGGGCUUGAUACAUUUGUUAUCAUGGUGCAUGGGUUUGUCGAGCAGGGAUCAUUGAUCGAGGCCUGUGGGUACUUCAAGGAGAUGGUGGGAAGAGGGCUCUUCGCAGCACCCCAGUAUGGUAUUCUUAAGGACCUACUGAAUUCACUGCUGAGAGCCGAGAAGCUCGAAUUGGCUAAAGAAGUGUGGGGAUGCAUUGUGAGCAAAGGCUGUGAGCUAAAUGUUUGUGCUUGGACUAUUUGGAUCCAUGCGCUGUACUCUAAUAAACAUGUUAAGGAGGCUUGCUCAUACUGUUUGGAUAUGCUGGAUGCUGGUCUCAUGCCACAGCCAGACACGUUUGCAAAGCUAAUGAAGGGCUUAAAGAAGCUUUAUAACAGGCAGAUUGCAGCGGAGAUAACGGAGAAGGUGAGGAAGAUGGCAGAGGAGAGGCAUGUCACCUUCAAGAUGUACAAGAGGCGCGGUGUGAGGUUACUGGAAGAGAAAGCAAAAGCUAAGGCCAAGAGGAACAAGAGGAAGGGAAGGGGUCGCAGACGCCGAUCAGGCGAUGGUCAGAUUCAACCCGGAUCGGGUCUGUCAGAUCCUUAUAGUGAAGAAUCUCAGAUGCCUUGAUGGGAGUCUGCAGCAAAAUCCACAAUGACUAUGGUAGUCAAGUGGUUUUUGAUCAGCAACUUUGAGGAACUAGUGAAAAUUGUCUGCACUCCUGAAGGAAUUUGAAAGGAACGGGGUGCAGUAAAUUAUAUUUGGACCCAAAUGAGAGGACCACUUGGUGGAAGGCUGAUAGGAAUAAAUGGAAUUUGUGCAGUAUAACACUUCACAAGUUCUCUGCUGCAUGCCUGGUAGAAGGAUAAUGAAGAAAGAUACAGAGGAGAAGAGUAAGUGUAAACAUCUCCUUUUUGCGGAUUAAUCUUUCAGUUUGAUUAUUCAAUGUUAGAAGCACAUCAUGGAGAAAAAAGUCCAUAAAGGUCGCUCGAAUCCAAUUUUGAGUGAUUCAUUCCUAUCUAGUACCAUAUCAUGGACUGGUUUCUAAAAGAUGAGUCUGGACUUAAAUUUUCUAUUUUGAUUACUCCGUUGGUAUGCCUCGAUCAAGCUCAGAUACUUUUACCAUGGUUGUAGGAGAACUUAUUGGCACAUGUUUGCCUAGCGCACCAUAUUCUUAUUUUAUAUUAAGGUUCCGAGUGUCCCAAACUGUAUCAACUGUACGGUGUGCUACAAGUGCUUUGAUUUUUUUUAUUUUAUUUUAAUUAUUGGACUUAUUUUUUCUUGCAUAUUCUCCCGAUUCCUGAGGAUUGAAUCCAGGAAACUUGAGGCAAGCAAUGAAAGAUGCGAAUAGCUCAAAAAAUAUUAGAUUUUUUUCUUAAAAAAGAAA